AAUCCAAAAAAAAAAAAAAAAAUUCUUCAACUAUCUUAUUUUGUUGAUGUUCGUAAAUAUUUACGAAUUAUAUUAUUACUGCUAUUAAUUUUUGGUUACCGAUGCGUCAAUGGGUACUAACACCUUUAUACAAUUACUACUUUAUUAACUCAAUGUCAAACGUAAAGUGACUUUUUUGGGAAAUAUUUUCCUAGUGUAUUUUUUACAUUUUCGAAAAAAAUAAAAAUGUCCUCAUAUUACGAAAGGCAAAAAAGCCUGUUUAAUACUCUAAAAGAAGCUGAAGAGCAGUACGGUUUCGCCAAAUGUAAUGAGACAAUAGAACCCCAAGAAUGUGUCAUAGAUAAGCGAACAUACAGAAAACAGAAAUAUGUUAUGAAACAGUUUAGGGGAAAGGAAAGUAUAUUUAAGAGGUCAGAAGCUAAGAUUCAACAAUGUUUGAGGCGCAGAAGCAAACCUGAAUUUAUCAAAAACCCACACAAGUGGGACUAUUAUACAUUAUCAGAUGUAACUCCAGAGCAAAUGUCAGAGGCAACUAACACUGCAACAGCCCUUGCAUUUAUUAAAGAGAUGGAAGAAAGAGAGGCAAAAAAUAAACAAAUGACCGUUACAGAUGAAACUGGGGCAGUUUUUAAGAAGCCAAUAUUUCAGAUAUCAAAAACAAUAAAAAAGAAUAGUCAAGAUGAGGAAAAGAUAAUAUUUAAAAGCAGUAAAGUAAUUAUGCCAGAAUAUGUUGUAGGUGUGAGUCAAAAGAAAAAGGAUAAAAAAGCUGCUAAAUUAUUGAAAGUAAAAGAUAAUGCUAUUGAUGAGGAAUUGGAGAAGAAAUCUGAACUUAAAUUAAAUCACCUUUAUGAUGACAAUGAAGAAGAUAAUGAAAAUGAAUAAAGCAAAGGUACUACAAAUAUAAUUAAUAAAGAAGCACUCAACUCUACCAUGUGUCAAGAACCAUGAUAUGCUCAUUUAUUUAAAUAUCAAAUAUUAGUUGAAUAUUUACACUUCAGUGGUUUAGCUUAAUGGAAAAAAAAGAAAUUGGUUAAAGUUCAUUAUCAUAAUAAUUAAUAGUAUAUUAUUAGGAAAAUGUUAUUUGGCAUAUUGUAUAAGUUUUUUUUCUGAUUAUAUCAGACAGCUAGGGGCGUGCAUAUGAUAUAGGCCGUGCCUCGUUAUGAACAUAAAUAAAUAAAUCACUAUUGUUAAAGUUAA